AUGCCUCCGAAACGAAAGCGCGCCACUGACGAAGCCAGCCAGGCUGGUGAUGAUCACCAAACCAACACCAACACCAAUCGCAAAAACAAGAAGGACAAGACAACCAGCACGCAUGAUAACCCUCCGCAAAUCCCCCCCAAGCAGAAGCGUGCCAGAAAUUAUUCUGGCCAGGACGAUGACGAGAGUGACAACAACAAUACGGGCACCGGUACCAGCACCAACAAAAACAACAGAACCAAGAACGAAAAGAAAACCAGCACGCGCGAUAAUAAACGAUAUGCCUACUUAAAGUCCCAUGUCCGAAAUGUCCCCGAACGAACCAUCAAGUCGAAAUGGUCGACCCUCCCCGAACCUGUGCAGGACAAGGUACGCGACAUGUUUCGCGCUCUCGAGCGCCCGGUUAUCGUACGGCAUCAAAAUGAGCGCAAGCGGAUUGAGGCGCAGGCUGCUGUUCAGGCUGUUGUAAAGAAUCUUGGGAAGAGGCUUCCUAGGAUGCCGUUUCCGCCCGCUACGAAGGAGUCUAGUUUCGAGUAUGAAGCAGCGCUUGAUGAGCAUCGUUCCCUAGAGGCGAAUCUGGCUACCGUGACGGAUAGCAUGGGACUGUUAAAAGCGGAGAUCGAGAAAGAAGAGGCUCUACUUGCCAAGGAAACAAAACAGCUACAUGACAUGGAGAAGAAUGCUAAGCGAGCUGAGAUGGAGAGGAAGAGGCAGAUGAAGAAUGAACAUCCUGUACUCCGACAUCUUGACAACCUGGCUGAGACUCAGGGCCCGAAGCCUGCCGAAUUCACCCUUGCAGAUACGAAAGAUAGCGAGGCUACCUUUUCUGAGCUGGAAUCCGACCCGGAAGUCCAAGGUUUAUUGAAGCAGCUGACUGGCCAUCUGCAAUCCAUACAGACCAAUGCAGCCCCUCUUACUGGUCUCAAAGAUGCAGUCAAACGGUCACAGACAGCUCUGAGUCUGCUCCCGAUGCCGGAGGAUUGA